GAACACAUUUGUCUGGGUGCCGACUGAUAACAUUUGCAGCCCGCGAAAAGUUGUAAAGCGAGGACUUGAAGCUUAUUGUUAAGAACUGUUUUGGUUUGCUGAACUCUGCAUCCCCAUAAUGCCAGAAGAAACAAGAGGGAAAGUCAUCGACGGGAAGGCUAUCUCAGCGGAAUAUCGGGCUGAGCUGAAAGAUGAAAUUACCAAGUUGAAAGCAGAGAACCCUGGCUUUGCCCCAGGACUGGCCAUUGUGCAGAUUGGUGACAGGGAUGAUUCCAAUCGGUACAUCAAGCACAAGCUGGCAGCAGCAGAAGAGAUUGGUAUCACUGCCAACCAUUACAAGCUACCAAGGGAAUCAACAAUUCAGCAGGUGCUAAACAAGAUCAACGAUCUAAACAAUGACCCCACAGUCCAUGGGAUCAUUGUCCAAAUGCCACCCGACUCGGAGGUGCCUAUGGACCAAGACACACUGGCCAAUGCUGUCGUCCCUACCAAAGAUGUUGACGGGUUGCAUGUGCACAAUGCCGGUAAAUUAGCCAGAGGAGAACUGGAUUCCUGUUUCAUUCCUUGUACGCCUAAAGGCUGCAUGGUGCUCCUGGAACGCAGCGGCGUGAAAGUGGAAGGGAAACGUGCUGUGGUGAUGGGCCGCAGUAAGAUCGUUGGUGCGCCGAUGUCUGACUUGCUCCGAGGUCAUCAUGCAACGGUUACUGUCUGCCACUCACGCACCCAGUAUCCUGCCUCUGUGGUCGCUGAGGCCGAUAUUGUGGUCGUUGCCAUCGGCAAAGCACGCAUGGUCAAGAGAGAUUGGAUUAAAGAUGGCGCUGUUGUGAUUGACUGUGGCAUCAACUUCAUCGAAGACGCAACCACCAAGAGCGGCCGGCGCCUUGUCGGCGACGUGGAUUAUGACGACGUCAAGGGCGUGGCCUCUCAGAUCACGCCAGUGCCCGGUGGCGUGGGACCCAUGACGGUUGCCAUGCUGAUGAGCAACACCUUGGAAAGUGCCAAGAGGGAACUGCUAAAAGCCCAGAAAAACAGCAACCUGUGGAAGAUGAGGUACCUUCCCCUUUCACCUCUGGAUCCAGUUCCCUCUGAUAUUGACAUCUCCAGGGCCCAGACACCUAAGGAUGUUUCUGAGCUUUCUCAGGAGUUGAACCUUAUGCCUUCUGAGAUUGACUUCUAUGGCAAGAAGAAGGCCAAGGUCUCACUGAGCAUCCUGGAACGCCUCAAGGACCAGCCUAAUGGGAAGUAUGUCGUGGUUGCAGGCAUAACCCCCACACCCCUGGGGGAGGGAAAGAGCACCACCACCAUCGGACUGUGCCAGGCCCUGGGGGCACACCUCAAGAAGAACGUCUUUGCCUGCGUCCGUCAGCCGUCCCAGGGGCCUACGUUUGGCAUCAAGGGAGGUGCAGCAGGAGGUGGCUACUCACAGGUCAUUCCAAUGGAAGAGUUCAACCUUCACUUGACGGGCGAUAUCCAUGCCAUCACUGCCGCCAACAACCUCCUGGCUGCCGCCAUUGAUGCCAGGAUGUUUCACGAAGCCACGCAGACGGACAGCGCUCUCUAUGGCCGGCUGGUGCCAUCCAAGAACGGAGUCAGGAAAUUUUCACCGAUUCAGCUGAAGAGACUCAAGAAACUUGGUAUUGACAAGACCAACCCUGAUGAACUGACAGAAGAUGAGAUCCGCAGGUUUGCUCGUCUGGACAUCGAUCUGUCAACACUCACCUGGCAAAGAGUGAUUGACACCAACGACCGCUAUCUGCGCAAGAUCACCAUAGGUCAAUCACCGACGGAAAAGGGCAUCACCCGGGAGGCACAGUUCGACAUCACAGUGGCCAGCGAGAUCAUGGCCAUCCUGGCACUGACCACUAGCCUGGCUGACAUGCGGGAGCGGCUGGGACGGAUCGUAGUGGCCAGUAACAAGGCAGGGGAACCGGUGACUGCGGAGGAUGUGGGGGUUAGUGGGGCCCUGACGGUGCUGAUGAAGGACGCCAUCAGGCCCAAUCUCAUGCAGACGCUGGAGGGGACCCCUGUGUUUGUGCACGCUGGGCCGUUUGCCAACAUCGCCCAUGGCAACUCAUCCAUCUUGGCUGACAUGAUUGCCUUGAAGCUGGUUGGAAAAGAUGGAUUCGUUGUGACCGAGGCAGGCUUUGGUGCAGACAUAGGUAUGGAGAAGUUCUUCAACAUCAAGUCUCGUUACUCCGGUCUUCAGCCAAAUGCUGUGGUGUUAGUUGCUACAGUACGGGCACUCAAGAUGCACGGUGGGGGACCAACGGUUUCAGCAGGCCAGCCCUUACCCAAAGAAUACAGCGAGGAGAAUCUGGACUUGGUCCAGGAAGGGUUCUGCAACCUCCGCAAACAGAUAGAGAAUGCUUCCUUCUUUGGUGUACCUUGUGUGGUAGCCAUCAACAAAUUCAAAUCUGACUCUGAGAAGGAGGUGGAGUUGAUUCAGCGCCUGGCCAGGGAGGCAGGUGCAUUUGACGCAGUCAUGGCCACUCAUUUCAGUGAGGGAGGUGCUGGGGCAGCUGCUCUGGCAGGUGCACUGGAGAAAGCCUGUCAACAGCCAAGUGACUUCAAAUUCCUCUACGACCUUCAGAUGCCCAUUGAAGACAAGAUUGCAACAAUUGCACGUAAAAUCUAUGGAGCAGAUGGUAUCGAACUAUCUGAAGAAGCAAAGAAGGCAGUGAGCCGCUAUCGCAGCCAAGGGUUCAAUGACCUGCCUAUUUGUAUGGCCAAGACACAUCUGUCCUUGUCGCAUGACGCAACCAAGAAAGGCACCCCUACUGGUUUCACCUUACCGAUCAGAGAUGUGAGGGCUAGUGUUGGGGCCGGCUUCCUCUAUCCCUUGGUUGGAACGAUGAGCACGAUGCCUGGUCUGCCCACAAGGCCCUGCUUCUUUGACAUCGACAUUGACCCUGAAACAGAGGUCAUUACUGGCUUGUUUUAAAGGUCAUUCUUUUGAACAAUUCCUGAAGGUAGCAAAUGUGUAUUUCAUUCCAAAUAGAUUUAUUUUCAAAUAUUGUGACAUCAUGAGGCUCAGGAUUCUGUUAUAUUUUGAUUUCUUUUUUUUUGUUCUUUUUAUGGUAAACAGUUGACAUGACUAGCCCAUUGGGGUUACAAUUCAAUAUUUUAUUGUGAUGAAAGAGCAUUCAUACCAGAAGGACUUCAGCUUACGUCAACUCAUCCUGUCACCUGUUUACUUUAAUAUGAGCAGAACGUGAUGACUUAAAUGUUACAUAUGCAUGAGUCUUUGAGACUGUUUUAGGCAGAGAGGUGAAAUUAGACACAAAAAUGCUACAACAUAAGUCUGCUGUUUGUGUAGGUUAUAUGAACUGGCAUGUGCUAGAGUGCCUUUGGUUUUAUUUACAACAAAUAAGAUAAAUGGUUGGAAAACCUGACCGUCAUUCCACCAUUCAGGCAUCCACAUUUUUUUUUUUUUGAGGCCACCAUUUUGAGGAGAUGUAGAGAUUCACAGGAAUGAAAAGGAUUAUGAGCUUAAAGAGCUGUAAAAUAAAGUAUCAAGAUAGAAGAUUCGAG